CGGCGCAGAGACUCAACCAAAGCGCUGAUUACCGCGGACGCAGCGUUUAAGCGCAGCCGACGCAUAAAGUGGAUUUACUGAACACCUGCAUGGGGAAACUCUGAGGGCUUUAUUCGUUUUUUUUUCCUCUUCUGUCGUCUGCCUCCGCUGGGAACCAACUGGCAACUGGAAUGGAACUGAAUCUGUCGAAGAAUGGGAUUUCUUGUGGAGACCCAGGGCCUUCGGGGGAGCUUUCCGGUCGGACGGGGAUCUCAUGUCAGAAGUCACCGUCAUACAAUGGCCGAAAAUCCUCGAGACUGGCGCCGGUGACAGUCCGAGUCUCAGACGGUGGGAUGAAUUUGGACAGAAUCGCAGAGGCAGUGAGAGCACCGCCGCCCCGCGACGUGGCCCCCGCGUUUCAUUUACCGAGAACUUCAAACAGCAGUCGAGAAACUUUAGAGAACUCAAGCAGCGAGUCUUCAGACACAGAGUUGGCAGAAAAGGAGAGGAGCGCUGAACACAGGAGCGAUGACGGGAACGCGGACGAUCCCAAGAAGAAGAAGCAGCGGCGGCAGCGGACUCACUUCACCAGCCAGCAGCUGCAAGAGCUGGAAGCCACUUUCCAGAGGAACCGGUACCCGGACAUGAGCACCAGGGAGGAAAUCGCCGUGUGGACCAACCUGACCGAGGCCAGAGUCCGGGUGUGGUUCAAAAACCGCCGGGCUAAGUGGAGGAAGCGGGAGCGGAACCAGCAGAUGGACCUGUGCAAGAACAGCUACCUGCCGCAGUUCAGCGGCCUCAUGCAGCCUUAUGACGACAUGUACCCGGCUUACACCUACAACAACUGGCCCAACAAGGGCCUCACCCCGGCGCCGCUGUCCACCAAGAACUUCACCUUCUUCAACUCCAUGAGCCCCCUCACCUCGCAGUCCAUGUUCUCGGCGCCCAACUCUAUCUCCUCCAUGACCAUGGCGUCCGGGAUGGGCCACUCCGCCGUGCCGGGUAUGCCCACCCCGGGCCUCAACAACAUCAGCAACCUGAACGGGAUCGGCACGUCCGGCAUCAACUCGGCCAUGUCGUCGUCCGCGUGUCCGUACGGGCCUCCCGGCUCUCCGUACAGCGUUUACCGGGACACUUGCAACUCCAGCCUGGCCACCCUCAGACUCAAAUCCAAACAGCAUCCGACUUUUGGAUACAGCGGCCUGCAGAGCCCCGGGUCCAGCCUGAACGCAUGUCAGUACAACAGCUGACGGGCCAAACGCGGAGCCUGAAUUUUACAAAUAUAAAUAAUUAUAUAUGUGAUAAACGGACACGGUGUCUGAGCUUAUAGGCUACCUGCGGAUUGGAGGAAAAAAAAAAAAAAAAAAAAUAAAAAUCAAAGACAACUAAACUGGAUUAGUUGCAGUCAUUUUUCAAACAAAAAAAGAAAAGAAAAAAUGGAUUAUGCGGGUUUUAUGUGUUUACCAAUGAACUUGCACAGCAAUUAAAAUGUCCAGGGCUUUUUUUUUUUUUUUUAAUGAAGACGUGUGCUGCAUUGUACAUAUACUGUAUAAAUGUAAAUAUAUACAGGCAUAACAUAUGAAACACGAUGGGAUGUUUUUUUUUUUUUGUGCUUUGCUUGCUUUUAAAGACUGACUUGAGGGGGGAGGGAGGGAGGGGGGGGUUCUGGACCAAAACAAGGAAUUGCAAGAAAAAAAAAAAAACGAAUACUGUCGAGCAUAUCACGAAUCCAGAAAAAAAAAAGAAAUCUAGCCUAUAUUGUACAUAUUUUAUACUGCUUCUGUGUGCUUUCUAUUAACCGUCUAUGCAGGAUACCACCGGCCCGUUCGCCCUCCAUGACGCCUCCCGUUCAGUGACUUUACUUUUAAAUGUUUUUUUUUCCCCCCCUCCUCAUUUUGUUUUGCUGAAACUGAAAAACCCCGCAUGUUUAACUUGAGUGCAACGUGUUUUGUACGAUAAUGUAAGACUUUGCAGAAGUAAGUUCAUUAGCCUAAACUGUAUACAAAAAAAGGUGAUUCAAAGUCCUCAUGUGUUUAUGGUAACAUGUUUGUUUGAAUAAACUCCAGGAAAAGAGAGGUUUAUUUCAA